CCCAUGUCCCUGGCGCUCAAGGCCCGGCAGCGGGCGAGGCGCAAGGGCGGCUCCCGGGAGCGCCUCUUCGGCUGCGACCUCCAGGAGCAUCUCCAGCGCUCGGGGCAGGACGUGCCGCAGGUGCUCCGGAGCUGCACGGAGUUCGUGGAGCAGCACGGGGUGGUCGAUGGCAUCUACCGCCUGUCCGGGGUGUCCUCCAACACACAGCGGCUGCGGACGGAGUUUGAAGCCCAGCGCAGCCCGGACCUGUCGCGGGACAUUUACCUGCAGGACGUUCACUGCGUCAGCUCCCUGUGCAAGGCCUACUGCCGCGAGCUGCCCAACCCCCUGCUCACCUACCAGCUCUACGACAAGUUCGCCGAUGCGGUGGCCAUCCAGAUGGAGGAGGCGCGGCUGGUGAAGAUCAAGGAGGUGCUCAAGGAGCUGCCGGCGCCUCACUACAGGACGCUGGAGUUCCUGAUGCGGCACCUGCUGCGCAUGGCGGCGCACAGCGGGCGCACCAACAUGCACGCCAGGAACCUGGCCAUCGUCUGGGCGCCCAACCUGCUGCGCUCGAGGGACAUCGAGGCCUCGGGGUUCAACGGCACGGCGGCGUUCAUGGAGGUGCGCGUGCAGUCCAUCGUGGUGGAGUUCAUCCUCACACACGUGGAGCAGCUCUUCGGGGACGCGCCGCUGCCAGGCAGGGACACCGCGGGGACAGCAGGGGACAGUGGGGACAGUCCCCGUUGCUCGCUGCUCCUGCCCGGGGCUGUCCCCCCCCUGCACGUCCCGGCUGCGCUGAGCCAGGGCGACGGCCCCCCCCAGAUGCGGCCCUACCACACCAUCAUCGAGCUCAGCGAGCACAGGAGCAAGGGCUCCCUCAAGGCCAAGAAGUGGAGAUCCAUCUUCAACCUGGGCCGCUCCGGGCACGAGGCCAAGCGGAAAUCGGGGAAGGCGGAGGAAAAAGAGAAGUGUGGGAAGGUCACUCUGCGGCCGGCCAAGAGCAUGGACUCGCUCAGCUCCGGCCCCUCCGGACCGUCCGGCCCGGAGGCGGCGCGGCUGCUGCCGAAGCUGUCGGUGAAGCUGCGGCCGCAGCGGCAGCACAGCUCGGACGCGACCCCCGCGGCCCCGGAGCCGCCGCCGGAGCUGGACGAGAGCCUGGAGGAGCCGCUGGAAGCGGCGGCCGAGAGCAGCACCAAGUCGGAGCCCACCACCCCCAAAGCCCCCCGGGCCGGGCCGGGGGUCGGCGGCCGCUCCCGCGCCGAGAAAUGCGCGGGGCUGCACAUCUCGGGCCCCUACGCGGUCACCGUCCCGCCGCACAUCACCUCCAACCUGUCCCGCCUCACCCGCGGGCUCCCGUGCCCCGCGCUGGAACGGGAGCAGAGCCCCGGCAGCGCCCCCGAGCCCGCCCGGGACCCCCGGCCCCGCUCCGAAGAUGCGGAGCAGAGCCGGCUCUCCCUGGAGCUCCGCGACUCCUUCGCCUUCCUGGACGGCCCCGAGACGUGGCUGGAGGGCGGCGGUGACACGGAGGCGGCGCCGCGGAGCCCCGGGAUCGAGGACGGGACACCCGGGAUCGAGGAUGGGACCCUCGGGAUCGAGGAAUGGAUCCUGGGGAUCGAGGACGGGACCCCCGGGAUCGGGGACGGGUUCCCGGCCGUGGAGGAGGGGAUGGAGAGCGGGUUCAUGAACCCAGGUGAGCGCUGGGCGGAGCAGCCGGACAGUUACCUGUCCAUCGAGGAGUGCACGGAGCAGGACAUGUUCUUCCUGGCCCCCGGCGCCUCCGAGCCCGACUCCGACCCCGACGAAAUCUUCCUGAGCGCCCACGACGAGCUCAGCCCCCUGGGGACCCCCGAGGGACCCCCGGGCGAGGGGACAGCCCUGGAGAACCCAGAGAUCACUGAGAUCCCAGAGAUCCCCGAAAUCCUGGAGAUCCCAGAGACCUCAAAAAUCCCAAAAGUCCUGGAGAUCCCAGAGAUCCCAGAGACCUCAAAAAUCCCAAAAGUCCUGGAGACCUUGGAGAUCCCAGAGAUGUCAGAGACCCCAAAAAUCCCAAAAGUUUUGGAGACCCCGGAGAACCAAGAGAUCCCAGAGAUCCCAGAGAUCCCCGAAAUCCUGGAGAUCCCAGAGAUCCCAGAGACCUCAAAAAUCCCAAAAGUCCUGGAGAUCCUAGAGAUCCCAGAGAUGUCAGAGACCCCAAAAAUCCCAAAAGUUUUGGAGACCCCGGAGAUCCCAGAGAUCCCCGAAAUCCUGGAGAUCCCAGAGAUCCCACAGAACCAAGAGAUCCCAGGGAUCCCAAAAAUGCCAGAGAUCACAGAGAUCUCAGAGAUCCCAAAAGUCCUGGAGAUCCCAAAGAUCCCAGAGAUCCCAAAAGUCCUGGAGAUCUCAGAGACCCCCAAAAUCCCAGAGAUUUUGGCCCAAACGCCCCCAGAACAGGAUGGUCCAGGAGUGGGGGACCCCCCCCAGCACCCCCAUGGGGAGGGGGCUGCAGAAGGAGACCCCAGCCCCAGGAUGGGGGUCUGGGGCCAGCCACAAACCCCGGCCUUUGUUUACACCGCCGCCAUCUUUGCCUCAACAUGGCGGCGCCCGCAGCGGCCUCACCAACGGGGCAGCCAGGGCCCUCCGGGCUCAUCUCUCAAACCCCUCCGGUACCGGCGGGCGAGGCGGGGAUACCUCACCCUCAGCAGCGCCGGUUCUGUCCCCACACCCCCAUCACGACCCUCACCCAUCUCCGCCCUCUUCCAACAUGGCGCCGCCCUCACCCAAGAUGGCGGUGGGGCAGCGGAAGCGCCGCGCGCCUUCGCCGUCUAA